AUGCUUAAAACAAAAGCAUUUUCAAUAUAUGAAAAAUUAAAAAAUAGUGGUAUAGAAUUUCCAACUACAUUUGAGGCAUCUAAUGGUUGGACCAUAUCUGAAGAAAGUGAAUCAGCUGAUAAAGCUGCAAUUGAAAGCCUUUAUUUUUGUCUUGGACCAAAUAAAACACUUGCAUCUAAAAGUGAUACUGCUAAAGGAUAUAAAAAAGACAAGUCAUGUCUUACUAUACUUCUUUGCUAUAAUGCAUCAGGAACUCAAAAAUUUAAACUAUUUGUAAUUGGCAAAAGUGCAUAUCCAAAGUUGCACAUUCAAGUCCUAAUUGCAAAUAUUAAAUUAGAAUUUUUACCAUCUAAUACUACAUCAAUAGAUGAAAUAGAAAGUGGAAAAUCAAUUGAACCAAUCAAUAUAAAAGAAGCUAUUUAUAUGAUUUCUGAUGCUUGGAAACAAGUAUUGCUGUCAACAAUUGUUCACUAUUGGAAGAAAACAAAAAUAUUUCCAUUAGAGAUAAAUUUAACUACUGAUACAAGUAAUAAUAAUGAUAUCAAUGAACUUGAGCAGUUAUUAGAAGAAUUAGAAAUGUCAUAUGAUUAUAUUAAAUUAUCAGCUGAAGAAUAUGUAGAAGUAGAUAAGCAUUUGCAAAUAAUAGAUAUACCAACUGAAGAGUCUAUUGUUCAAAAUAUUCUUAAAGAGCAAGGUUUGAUUAAUGAUGAAGAUUCAAAUAAUGAAGCUGAUAAUGAAGAGGAGGAAAAAAUUAUAGAUGAUUUAGUUUUAUAUAAUAAGGAAAAAAAGGCAUUAGUAGUAGCAAAAAAAUAUCUUAAGCAAUCGCAAUUUGCUACUAAGAAUAAUAUUUAUUUGCUGCAACAAAUUAUUAAAAAAGCAGAAAGUUUUUACCAAUCUAAACUUAAGUAA